GGAGACUCUGUCUUAAAAUUUUAAAAGGGGAAUGGGGAUGUGGUUCAGUGCAAAGGGUUUGAGCCCCACCGCUGGGGAAAGAGUCAAGAGGCAGUGGUGAGCGGGGAAGGGAAGCGCUGGGGCGUGGUGCAAGAAAGAACAGAAAGUCAGGGACAUUGCGGAAGUCGUCGGCAAGGUGGGCGGGGACGAGGGCAGAGCCCGGCGAAGCCCUGGCUAACGCGCUUGUUCCAGCAGGGCAGCAGGCAGAAAAGGCGGGUGUCCACGAUUUAUUCAGCUUCUACUGUGUGCCCAGUGUGGUGGACAUUCCCCGCGUCUCAAUUCACUUAAUCCUUACGUGAGACUGGUGUCACACGGUCCUCAUCUUUCAAGAAAGAAACUUACACUGGGGAACUUGCCCAAGGUCCCUCUAGGAUACUUUGCGGGGAGGGGGGGAUGAUCUACAGUCGUGGACAUUAAGGUUUAACCCUCAACCUUUUAAAAAUCAGGCAGCGUAGCUUUUUUGCACUAAGUUGAAGUUGUUCGAUCUUACCGUGUCUUACAGAAUCUGUGAGCUGCUCAUAUAUAUAUGAUGAAGGAAAUUUUAGCUUUUCAGAUGCCUGGAGUUGGUAAAAAAUAAAUAUGUCACAAUUGGUAAAUACUCAUCAUAAUUAUAAGUUGAUCUCUUAUCAUUAAAUAUUGUUAGGCAUAGUUUCCUGGAAUAAAGCUUAAUUGCUUCCUUUUCAUCUUGAAGUUUAUACAAAGAAUUUGAAAAAGCCGUACAUACCUUUAUAUACAAUAGGAAAACACAUUGACAUCUUUGCUGUUGGGUGGCUCAUGCUCUGACAGGUUGGUAGUGCAGUUACAGUACUGGAUACAUUGCAUAUUGUUGUCUUCCUAGCGGUUAUUCCGAAUAGAAGACAGAGGCAUGAUAUCUUGUCUAUACAAUAUUAGCACGAAACUUUCUUUUUAAUGAAGUAUGAGAAACUGUGUAACU